AGCACUAUCUUCAUAUUCUCAGUGUCCAACAACCUGCAUGUUUUGUUACCCUUACAACCUCCAUGAUCUUCGUCGCCCUCGCCUCAUCUCAAUCCCCUCUCAUGGUACACCUCCUUGAAUUGUAUUCGUACCCCCACGCGCAAGAAUAAUAUUGUAAUUUAUCACAACAAACGUUGUAUCUAUGUUGUAGGUUCUUUUUCUAUGAUCGACGCAUUGACUACUGCAAUGAUGAAGAUUACUCAUGUUUUACAGUUGCUGUCCACCAGCAGUAGGACGAAGAAGAUGUCUUGACGCAGGUAAGCACAUACACAAGCAACCUAGGUAUAUGUUUUUCGUUUGAAAGGUAUCAGUCCUGAAAGAACUCCCCAUCUGACAGGAUGUCCGCGUUCCUCACCUCCGCGUACACGGUGGUGUCCGCCAGUGCCAACCUGGUCAUCGGCACCAAGCAGAUGACGGACAAGGCUCGGCGGUUUUUACAGAACAGCAACGACCCCUACGAUUUCUAUGGAAGCAAUUCCGCGAACAGCUUGUUCGGUUCGUUUGAGGUGCGCAAGCGGCUGUUUACCCUGCAAGCCCGCUUGAAUUGCCUCGUCACGCCAUUGUCUUUCCUGCUCCUCUGGUCGAUGGACAAGGACUCGUGCAUCCGCCAGCUCCUGUUAAACGCCAUGAGCACGGUGGAAAACGUGGACUUGUUUCUCAACGGUUUGGGCUUCUGCGGGUACGGGCUGGGCAGCGGGGGAGGAGGUGCGACGAGGAACAGUAAAUUAUUGACCCCGCGCGGGGGCAGCGCGUUGCACAACAACUCAGCGGGAGGAGGAGGUGUGCCAGGUAAUUAUGGAGCUGGUUUUGCUGAUGACAGAGACCACGGCGGUAGCGGCGGCAAUAUCAAUCUGAAUCCGAUGGACCUGAACGCUCCCGGUGGACCACAGGUAGACCAGAUGAACAAAACAGCGGGCGAAAGCGGCACCGGAGCAAAUGCGAACUCCACGACAUCCGAACAAGACAUUCUGGACAGUUUGGAUUUUCACAUUCGCGAAUUGGAUUUUGCGCAGCAAAGUGUCACCAUGGCACUCACCAUGGUGAAUACUCCUGGGUGUCUUGCGGCAGAAGGUGGAGGAACAACUGUCACUAGUAGUAAAACGCUCGCUCGUGUGAAUUUAGACUGUGGCCAGAGCAGGACGUCGGGCGCCACAGGAUCCUCUAACACGACCCAUCAUUCGGAUGCUCCUCAUCCACCACUACUACCCACCAGCGUUUCCCCCUCGGCCUUGCUGAAGGCCACCAAGCGCAUUCAGGAGGUGGCCCUGGUGCCGGGUGGGGGCGAGUUGUGCGUGUGUGUGGGUCAACUUUCGGUCAACGGCGAAGCGUUUUUCCGUGCGCGGCUGAAGAUUCUAAUGCAGAACAAGUGCUUCCAGCUCCGGCUUGACCCCGUUUGGAACGUAGACGAGGAAGACCACGGAACUGUAAAAGACAUAAAUAGCGCCACAACCAGCAACAUCGCCAGCACCCAAUUUCCCAUUUCUGUAGCGCUCGACUUUGAGCUCAUGAAUUACGAGAACAAGAAUCACGGCGCGGCGCCAGCGGCUGCUUCGAACAACACGAAAUCUUCCGAUGUCGCCAGCACAUCUAGAACCACAACAGCACAUCACCAUUGUGGAGGAAGUUCGGGGACCCCCGCUGCCCAGUCUACUCAGCAGGGACAACCAGCCCUCCCCUGUCUUGCGGUGAAAUGGAGCGAGAGCGGCAUGAGUUCGGUUAUCGAGACGGGCGACUUUGUACAUCUUGAGGACGACUUCAUGGCGAUUGAUGCUCCCGAAGACGAUGCGCUGUUUGCAUCCACCAGCGCUGGAGCAGGCCCGGCAGGCGCGUCAACAAUAAACAAGCUCGCACGAGGCAUAGUCAACGGUGGAGUAAGUUGUAAUGCAUCAGGAGCGACGAGCAAAUUACAGCCCCGAAACUCGUUGAUCGCCGGCGGAGCUACGAGCUCGACGACCGCAAGAGCCGGCGUUGCCAGUCUGAAUACUUACCACUUCCUGUUCGAUUUGCUCGACGGAAACGCUUGCGCAACGGCACAAAUUCCAGCUACUUCUUCCACGGGCAGCUCAUCAACGACCGCCGGUGGUUUUUCUCGAGGGUCUACUGGUGCUAGAGGAGGUUUGAUAGGCGGUGGUAGCACGACGACGAACACCACGACAAUGACCCCUAUCGAGUUCUUCUACACGGCGCGGCUGUGCACCGUGGCCGACCCCUCCGUCGCGUUUUCAGCGGGCGCGGGGAAGAUGAGUCCGGCGUUGUUGAAGGCGUUUAGCAUGAUCAGUGCGGGCCGGAAAUCGAGCGGUGGUAACGUGGAGGACGUGAUUUUGUCUCUGCCGGACGAGACCAUGCGAGAACUACUGCGGACCAAAGGCUUGACAAACCAGAGCGAGUUGUACGCGCAAAAAUUGGCCGAACAAGAGAAAAUCAAAAAAGCCGCUGCAGCCAGGGCCGCGUCCUCUAGUACGAGUGCAGGUGCAGCUACUGGAGGGGCGGGCGCGAAAAGCGGUAGUGCUGAGCGAGGUCCAAAACUAACAAGAAACGCGCCGAACCAUGCAACUACAGCGAAGAGCUCGAUCCUUUCGGGCAGCAGUUGCGACGAGGGCUAUGCCGACGGAAUCAAAACUUCAGACGCAGGCAGUUCUCAUGGCGAAGAUACAACCAGCAAGCACCUCUUUCGCCCAGAUGAAAGACCCCCUGCCCCUUCUUCACAACGCGUAGCGGGCAGCGCCGACAAUUCUGUCUCGAAGCUGCACGAAGACAAAAUACUAGUGAAUCCUGGAGGUGUAGGAGCCGGUGCUGUGGCAGGUAGUAGUUCCCUAGAAGCGCAAAUAACGACGUCCACUAGCACGACAUGUGCUCCCGUGGAACAAAAUCUUCAGCCAGGAAGCAAUAACAUGAGCGCAGCUGCGACCUCAACGUCAUCCAGUGAGAACGAAAGCAGUAGUGAGGUCUUAGCGUUAGGUGGGAGCUGCAAGAAUGGUGCAAAUUCUACUGCCGAGAAGCAUGGAAGUGUCCUCCGAGCGGAGGCUUUUGACGGAGUUACGCCGACGUCGUCCAAAGAGCAAGCGGAGUCGUGCCAGGAGCACGAGGAAGAGUCGUUUCUGGAUGCCUGUCAGUAACGAGGAGACCAGCGAUUGGCCAUAGGAACGCGCAUGGCAGUGAAGCCAUUCGAGAUCGGAGGUCCCCGGUGCUCCACUGACUAUUUUUUGCUCAUGGGCCGGUAGUAGUUGGAAAUUUCAAUUUGACAUGUCACUUGGGCUCACAACUGUUGGCAAUGGCAAUGCGAUCUUCACGAUAGUCGAUGAAAAAGGACCAUGCGCACUCUUCUUCACCUGCUGCAGAGCUAUCCUGUACAAACUUUCGCGAGCGGUCUUUCAUUCUGGUCGCUACGCGAAAAUUAAUUUCAGUGUAGACAGAGAGU